AUGGCCCUAACCCUCCUCUACAUCCUCGACCAAGGCACUUCAGACGACCGCAACACAGCCGAUGGCCGCAUCUUCACCUGUCUCUCCGAUGGCACGCAAGGUCGUGACCUAGUUACCGGCCUACGCAGCGCUCCUGAUGGCAUAGCCGUCUCCGCAGACCACAAGUAUAUCUUCUGGACCAACAUGGGACACCCAGGUCCCGACGGCUGGACGAAUACAGGAAGCAUACAACGAUGUGACAUUGACGGGAAGAACGUUAUUACGAUCAUAGAACCGGGGACGAAGACGCAUACGCCGAAGCAGUUGACGAUUGCGGAGAAAAGCAGGAAGCUGUAUUGGUGUGAUCGGGAAGGCAUGAGAGUCAUGAGGAGUGAUCUUAAUGGUGGGAAUGUGGAGACGCUGGUGAGGAACGGGGAUGUAGAGAACAAGGAGCAUAGGGCAGAUUAUUUGAGGUGGUGUGUGGGGAUACAGGUUGAUGAGGAGGCCGGAUAUAUUUACUGGACUCAAAAAGGGCCACCGAAGGGCGGAAAGGGAAAGAUACUGAGGUGUCCUAUUGAUGGAGCUGGUACUGCUGGAGAGAACACCGAGAUUCUGUUUGACCACCUUCCUGAACCCAUUGAUUUGUCCCUGGACCUCGCUGAGGAAUGGAUAUAUUGGACGGAUCGUGGAGACAUUCCGUUAGGCAAUACGGUCAACCGAUCGAAGAUUCCGAAGAAAGGCGAGAAGACAAACCACGAAAUACUUGUACGGAAACUUCACGAAGGAAUUGGUCUCGAACUUGAUAUCAAGAACAGGUCUAUGUAUAUCACCGAUUUGCUGGGAGGCGUAUACCGGGCCAAUUUGGAUGGAAGUGACGAGAAGGUCCUUAUUCCAGAUCUGGGGACAGUCACGGGUAUUGCUAUCGCAUACUUGUAG